CCCACCAUGGUCGCGUCGUCCCCACUUUCCGGCCGAGCGAAAAAUUACGAGAUCCCUGGUCCUGAGUCUGCAGGCUGAUAGUAAACGAUAGAAAAUGAGGUUAUGUUAAAACACGAAUUACUUAAGAUUUUACAAUGGAACAGGAUUUAAAAGCAAAGAUUGAUCAAGCCUGCCGAACGGCCGAGGAAUUGACAAAGGUUUACUACGAAAGUCUGGAUAAACGUAGAUACCUCAUAUCAAGGUUGUAUCUGGAUACCGCAACUUUAAUAUGGAAUGGAAAUGGUAUCGAAGGGAAAGAUAAUAUACAGAAAUUCUGGACAGAUUUACCGCCUUCAGUACACUCCGUUUUUACUUUAGAUGCUCAGCCUAUAACAGGACCUGAGGUGGCAGAUCAACUAACGUUCCUCGUGAAAGUUGGUGGACAAGUAAAGUACGAUGAUAAGACUGCGAAACCUUUCAACCAAACGUUCUUAAUUGCGGCGAUGGGAGAUAAGUGGAAGAUUGUAAGCGACUGCUUUAGGUUACAAGAAGCGCUGGAGAGUGUAAAUUAAAAUAAAUUACUUUUACGUAAAAUAUGA